GCCAAACAAACGCUCCAUGUGCAAGAACGAAGUAGCGGAGAGAGAGAAAAAGUUUAGUGUGUGUAGUUUGUGAUAGGAAACAAAGUAUUUAAAAUGCAACACACAUAUGAAGAGGUGAAGUUUAACGUCAAGUAGCGGAGUUGGAUUUUCUUUUUAGCUAUAAUAUAGCACGAUGAAAGAAAAGAGAAGAAAUCCCGGCGUUUAAAAUUUAAAGUCCUGGCGGAGAAAUGUUUUUUUUUUAAAAGGAUGCUUCUUUGUUCUGCUGCUGUGUGACGAACGAAAGAUGGACGGAGAGCGCCACGAAAGGAGAGAGGAGGAAGAGGAGAGGGACCAAACACUACAAACUCCAUCCCGAAUGACAGAGGAAGAGGAGGAAGAGGAGGAGUUGGACAGAGCGCUACAAACUCCAUCCAGGACGACUGAAGAAGAAGAAGAAGAAGAGGAGGAGGAGGACCGAAUGCUUCAAACUCCAUCCAGGACGACAGAAGAAGAGGAAGAGGACGAGAAGGACAGAGCGCUACAAACUCCAUCCAGGAUGACAGAAGAAGAAGAAGAGGAGGAGGAAGAGGAGGAGAAGGACAGAGCGCUACAAACUCCAUCCAGGACAACAGAAGAGGAGGAGGAGGAAGAGGAGGAGGAGAAGGACAGAGCGCUACAAACUCCAUCCAGGACGACUGAAGAGGAGGAGGAGGAAGAGGAGGAGGAGAAGGACAGAGCGCUACAAACUCCAUCCAGGAUGACAGAAGAAGAAGAAGAGGAGAAGGAAGAGGAGGAGAAGGACAGAGCGCUACAAACUCCAUCCAGGACAACAGAAGAGGAGGAGGAGGAAGAGGAGGAGGAGAAGGACAGAGCGCUACAAACUCCAUCCAGGACGACUGAAGAAGAGGAAGAAGAGGAGGAGGAGGAGGAGAUGGAGAUGGAGAUGACGAAGACGAAGGCAGCUGCCAAAGACAAAGUCCUCGGCCGACACACUGCGCUCUCUUCCUCCUCCUCCUCCUCCCCCUCUUUUCCUCUCCUCUCCACCUCUCCGUGCCGAGGAAGAGGAGGCGAGGAAGAGGAGGAGAAGGAGGUUCGGGUCGCCAUAGUUUCGAUGGAGGACGAGUCCUGUCCGUCGUCCGAGCCGUUUGGCACCGCCCACCUGGAGACGGCCAAUCGGAUCGCGUGGACGGAGGAGCAAGGACCCACUAGAGGAGCAGAGGAGGAAGAGGAGGAGGUAAACAUGAGUGAAAGAGAGGAAGAGGAGAACGCAGAUGUGACAUCACCUUCUCUUCACCUGCAGCUGCAGAAAACAACUGCAAGGGUGUCCCGAACCAGAGUUAGGGGCGCAUGGUGUAUCGACAGUGUUGGGGAGUGUCACGUGUGCGGCUUUGAGACCGACGGGCCGGCCCUCUUCCAGAGUCACAUGACCGAACACCGCCAAUGGGAGCACGGCUCCUUCUCGCUGCACUGCUGCGUGUGCGACCACUCGACCAAUCAGGAGGCAGAGAUGAGGGCUCAAAAUAUUGUGCGUUGA